AUGUCGAAGCAGCCAUGCCAUCCAAACGCCGCUGCCAUGGCCAGGUCUGCGGGGCCGCCUAUUCGCCGAAAGAAGAGUCAUUUAGCGCUGGAGGCCGCGUCAGAUGCGUGCGCAACGGCGCCGGUGCCACCCACAGGGUCCCAGCCACUGUCGCUUCACGAUAUAGCUUCGCCUGUGAUCGACGAGAACGAUCUUGGCGCAGCGCCACCCAGCCCCAGCACGCUGACCGACAUUAUUCUUUCGCUUCAUGCAUCGCUGUACGUGCGCACCGCUAAGUCGCCAGUGUUUGACAGCCCUAUCGUGUUGGCCCAAGGGCGGCAGCGCAUUGCCGACCAAUUUGUGCUGGCCUUCGCCUUACCAGGCCUGGAAGUCCGCUCGGAGCUGCGCGAUGUUAUCUGCAGUGACUUUGAGUUUGACGGCACACGCGCCGGUCUGAUUGACCAUACAGUGACAGUGACGCUGUUCCCUCAGCUUGUAGGGCGCCCACCCGAGAACUCUGAGGGUGCUCGGCGCACGCCAGGCGCGCUCGCGAGCCAGGGAAGCAUCACGCCUCAUCCGUUCUUCAACUAUCAGGCGGCGGGGUCGACGCCGGGCGUGCCUGGGCCGUCUCACCGCCGACGAAUGAGCUCCUAUGUCACGAGCCCGCAGCAGCCCUCGGCAUCGCAUGGAAAUGCACAGACGAGCGGUGGCCGACACCGUGCGCCGACGGAGCCUCCAGAUGACGUGUCGUUGGGUCCCUCGGCGCUCGAGCCAGCCUCUGUGAGCGAGUCGCCUCCUGACGAUGCGCCUUUGCCGUCGUUGAUACCCACUGUGCCCCUCAGUGGCACACGAUCGCACUGGUCUGCACCCAAUGGACUCGGUCGCCGUCCAGCCUGGGCUUUCGUGUGCGACAUGCUCCACCCGAGUCACGCGUUGCGCAUGUUGCUCUCGGUGGAGCUGCGACUGCUCAGCCGACUUGAGUUUAACGAGGCCGGCCGCAUUGUCCAUCACGAAGAUACUUGGAGCGCUCGCGAGCUUAUCGAAGGCAUAUUUCCUUUCCUUUCGCUGUUUUCCUAUGUAUGGCGCAUGUUCACGGGCCUGCUGGUCACCUGG